AAUCCAUCUUUUCUGCUAUAAAUUUCAGAACCACCCCACCUCACUGCCAUCAACAAAGAGAGAGAAAAGAGUAACAAAGAGAGAGAAAGAGAGAAAGAUGAGGCCAAUAAACACUGUAUCAUCAUCAUCAUCAUCAUCGGUGAGUGUUACUGGAAUUAAAAUAUGGAAGUCACCGAUUCCUUACUUGUUUGGAGGCUUAGCAUUGAUGCUGGCUCUUAUAUCUGUGGCAUUGGUGAUCCUUGUUUGCUCCUACAGAAAACGUGAUUCUUCUCCUGAAUCAUCGUCGUCAUCAUCAUCAUCUGAAGCUGAAAACAUGAAAUCGCAGCCGAUGAACAAGAUCCUAUACACAAACUCAGAGCCUGAGGUUGUUGUCAUUAUGGCUGGUGACCACAAUCCCACAUACCUUGCCAAACCAAGCACUUCUUCUUCUUCUUCUUCUUCUUCAGUUUAUUGUACUUGUGGUGCUCAAUCUCAACCUGAACCUGAACCUGAACCUCAACGAAACCCUUCAUCAACCUCAUCCACUGAGUGAAGGCUAAUGGAUCAAUAAAACCUCAUGGGUCAGCAAGUUUUGCUCUACACUCUACACACUUCUCUUCCUUUUUUUCAAUUUCAUGUUCCAGUGGUUUUGUGAGAGCACGGAAUGUGAUCACUGAAGAUGAGUGUUUCUUUCUGAGAAUUUUGUUUUUUUCAUAAUGAAAGGAUAUAUCUCCCGGCUUAUAUAUUUUGCUACUGAUUAUGCUUUUCGUUUUCUUUUCUUGCAUAUUGUUAAGGUUUUAAAAGUAGAACACGAACACGACCAUGAA